CCUCUAAUCACCAUAGACAGGCAGACUUCAGUUUCCUUUACGUUUCUUUAUUUUUUCAAAUUCCAAAAUCCUUUGGAAGAAAACUCACUUGCAAUUCAAAUGCUUUAAGUAAUUCAUUUCCAAUUCUGUUUGUUCUCCUAACAAUCUCUCUGUCUGGGGAGAGGCUUAACACAAUGGGUAUCUGCACCUCUAAACCCUCCCCAAACUCCACUCUCUCUUCUCCCAUCGCUAUCCAAGCUAAGGACAACUCUAUUCCUACCAAGGACACACCUCGACCGGAUCCCAGAACCCCAAAUGUUAACGAUCAGAACAACAGUACCGGCUUAGAAUCCGUUAAAAAAUCGCCCUUCAAUUUUUACAGCCCGAGUCCUGCUCACUACUUCUUUUCUAAGAAGUCUUCUCCAGCGAGAUCUCCGGCGAGGAAUGCGACCAGUGCGAACUCGACGCCGAAGAGGCUUUUUAAAAGGCCGUUCCCGCCGCCGUCUCCGGCGAAGCAUAUACGGGCAGUGCUUGCGAGGCGGCAUGGGUCGGUGAAGCCGAACGAGGCGACGAUACCGGAAGGAGGCGAGGCGGAGGCGGCAGGGGUAGUUAAGAGCUUUGGAUUCUCUAAGCAUUUUGGAAAUAAGUAUGAGCUUGGAGAUGAAGUAGGGCGAGGACAUUUUGGGUAUACUUGUCAAGCAAAGUUCAAAAAAGUUGAACUCAAAGGACAGCAAGUUGCUGUUAAAGUAAUCCCUAAAGCAAAGAUGACUACAGCAAUUGCCAUUGAGGAUGUGAGAAGGGAGGUUAACAUACUGAGAGCAUUGAACGGGCAUAACAAUUUAGUACAGUUUUAUGAUGCCUAUGAAGACCAUGAUAAUGUCUAUAUAGUAAUGGAGUUAUGUGAAGGAGGAGAACUCUUGGAUAGAAUUCUUGCAAGAGGCGGAAAAUAUACAGAAGAUGAUGCAAAGGCUGUCAUGAUACAGAUAUUAAAUGUUGUAGCAUUUUGCCAUCUUCAGGGUGUGGUGCACCGCGAUCUUAAACCUGAGAAUUUCUUGUUCAAAUCAAAGGAUGAAAACUCCCAGUUGAAGGCCAUAGAUUUUGGUUUGUCAGAUUUUGUAAAGCCAGAUGAAAGGUUGAAUGACAUUGUUGGUAGUGCAUACUAUGUAGCACCUGAAGUUCUACAUAGAUCUUAUGGUACAGAGGCUGAUGUCUGGAGUGUUGGUGUCAUUGCAUAUAUUUUGUUGUGUGGAAGCCGUCCAUUUUGGGCCAGAACUGAAUCUGGGAUCUUUCAUGCUGUUCUAAAAGCCGAUCCAAGUUUUGAUGAGACACCUUGGCCUUCACUUUCUCCUGAGGCAAAAGACUUUGUCAAGCGCCUAUUGAAUAAAGACCCACGAAAAAGAUUGACUGCUGCCCAGGCACUAAGCCAUCCUUGGAUUAAAAGUUCUAAUGAGGUUAAAGUGCCUCUGGAUAUACUCAUGCUCAAACUCAUGAAGGCUUAUAUGCGCUCAUCAUCUCUUCGGAAAGCUGCUUUAAGGGCUCUAUCUAAAACGUUGACUGUGGAUGAGCUAUUUUAUCUGAAGGAGCAGUUUGUGCUCUUAGAACCAAACAAAAAUGGCUCUAUAAGCUUAGAAAAUAUUAAAACGACCUUGAUGAAAAAUUCUACAGACGCCAUGAAGGAGUCACGGAUUCCUGAUUUUCUAGCAUCUCUUAAUGCACUUCAAUACAGAAGGUUGGAUUUUGAGGAAUGUUCUGCAGCUGCAUUAAGUGUCCAUCAGCUAGAGGCCCUUGAUAGAUGGGAGCAACAUGCCCGUUGUGCCUAUGAACUGUUUGAGAAGGAUGGGAACAGGGCCAUUGUCAUUGAGGAGCUGGCAUCAGAACUUGGCCUGGGCCCUUCUGUUCCUGUUCAUGCUGUUCUACAUGACUGGAUUCGGCACACAGAUGGAAAGUUGAGUUUCCUUGGAUUUGUCAAAUUGUUGCAUGGUGCAUCUAGCAGGACUCUUGCGAAACCUCAGUAGAAGUUUUGAAGCUGAUUUUAGAUGCUCCAAGAUGUGGCUGCUGCCAAUAAAAGAAAAUGGGUGAGAGGCACCGAAAUCUCAACCCCAGGUCUGAUACACAGGUAUAUUUGCCUCAAAUUUAUGGGAGAAGAAAAGAAGUUUAGACCAAUUUAAUUUUUGUGGCGCAACAUUGUAUAAUACUUUUAGAAUUGUGAUGCUUGUGAUACUUUAGGCAAAUGUAGCAUGGGCAUUCACAGUUUCCACUGUAAAGCUAUAGUUAAGUGUUUAGUUGCAGGUGAGAAUAUUUAUUAAACUGGCUAGGAGAAAUUGAUUUUCUGACAUAUUGGACUGGUCUUUGGGUCCAUGAUUGAAAUGUAUCAUUUCUACGUCUAUGCUUUCGAGUCAAAACUUAAUUCUGCAAAGCAUUGCUUUGCCAACAUCAAUGUUUAAUGGAAAGUUUCUGUUUCUGUUU